AGUGGCGAACGGUGAGCCGUGGAAGAAGUAAUUAUGUGGAAGGGAAGACAAAGCGGAGAAUCGCGGGUGGCCAGGAUCACCAGGCGCUGCACGUUCGUGGACAAGGUGCCCUAGUUCAGGGAUGACAGAGUGUCAGUGAGUCGUGAUCUGUCGUCCGGCACGGGUCAAGUCGAUGACGUUAGGACACGGAUGUACAUAUCGGACAACAACUCCCUGUCGAUAGAAUUUGCCGGCGAAAUGGAGGGGAACCUGACCAGCUCUUGGACGAGCAACCUGACCGCGAUGCUGCACCAGCUGCCCUGUAACGAUAGCUUUCUCGGCUGCAUCGAGGAGUGCGGGGCUAGCUCGUCGGGGUUCGAUCAUAUGUGCACGGUGGAGAAGGGUACCUUCACGUCAUCCAUGACACUGCUCUGCAGGCCCUGCGAUUACUCCAACUGCGACGUGAACGUGUCACUGGUUCUCAGCGGACUGGAGAGCAUCGAGGGUGUCUUCUUGUCGAGGCUGCCGAGGUUCAGGGACUGCAACGAGACCAACUUUGACGAUCAGAUUUUGGAAUGUACGCCAACGCAGAACGCUACGACGGAGGACCUGACGAUCUCUUGUUCUCACCGGACAAAAUUAAAUUCGACUACGAGGAGUCGUCGCUUCGACUGGAGCUUCCUCUUUGUGGCGGUAUUCAUCGUAGCAGGUGGCCUGGGGAAUAUAUUGGUCUGCCUGGCUGUGGGUCUCGACAGAAGACUGCACAAUGUCACCAAUUAUUUCCUUUUGUCUCUCGCUGUGGCUGAUUUGCUCGUCAGCCUGUUCGUGAUGCCUUUGGGCGCCAUCCCAGGAUUCUUGGGGUACUGGCCGUUCGGAGUGCUUUGGUGUAACGUGUACGUGACGUGCGACGUGCUGGCCUGCUCGGCGAGCAUAAUGCACAUGUGCUUCAUCUCGCUGGGCCGAUAUCUGGGCAUCCGGAACCCGCUGAGGACGCGACACACGUCCACUAAGCGUAUGGUGGGCUUCAAGAUUGCGGCCGUGUGGUUGCUGGCCAUGCUGGUCUCCAGUUCGAUCACCGUCUUGGGUAUAAUAAAUCCGUCGAACAUCAUGCCACGGCCAGGAACGUGCGUGAUCAACAACAGAGCGUUCUUCGUGUUCGGUUCGCUAAUCGCCUUCUACAUCCCCAUGAUAGUGAUGGUGGCCACGUACAUCCUGACGGUGCAGCUGCUGAGACAGAAAGCUCGUUUCGUCGCGGAGCAUCCGGAACGAGAUCAAUUUCGACGGCUGGGAGGGAGAUACUUCUCGACCAAAGCUUCCUCGACCUCGUCGACCACGGAUACCACCGCGCCAUCGUCGUCCGCACGGUAUACAUGGAGGACUUCCGGUGGUGUCGGAAGCGAAAGGUGCAAGGGCGCGAGGCCGGGCAAGUCUGAACCGCAGCUGAAUUUCGCGGUGAACGGGGCGAGCAACUCGACCGGAAGCGCGACCGGCACGAAACUGACGUCGAAAGUGGAUCAGGCCACACAAACGCCGGAGAACAUAGCCCGCGAAACAAGGAACUUCACUCUGAGGGCCCUCAAGUUGCAGCUGAACGUCACGCCCAACACCCUGAACCUCAGGUUCCUCGCGGGAAGGACGAAGAGGAGGUCGCUGGCAGCGAACGCCGUGGCCACGGAGCAGAAGGCCAGCAAGGUGCUGGGCCUGGUCUUCUUCACCUUCGUCCUCUGCUGGGCACCGUUCUUCCUCCUCAACAUCUUCUUCGCUGCCUGCCCCGAGUGUCCUGUCCCGGUACACGUGGUGGACACUUGUCUCUGGCUCGGCUACGUGUCCUCCACGAUCAACCCUGUCAUCUACACGAUCUUCAAUAGGACGUUCCGGGCCGCGUUCAUCAGGUUGUUGAAGUGCAAGUGCUCCAGGUCAGCAAGGCCGACGAGAUAUCGCUCGGUGACGGAAGGUGGACGCAACGCGAUGAACCUCUGCACCCCGACCGCGCUACCACUGGUCAUUAGUCUUCAGGGUACCCCGUUGUUGACGCCGACACCGAAUCCGACGGCCACGCCGGCCUCAGGAAGCUCCUACGUGACGAUGAUGCAUCGCACGCCCAGCUCGCUUUACCGUGACACUUUCCAUCAGCACGAGCACGAUCAGAAUUGUUGA